CGACCGGCAGUGUGUUGAUUAGUAGCUGUAAUAUUUUACUUUUUAUUGUUUGCUUACAUUUUUAGCACAAAAAAUGCCGUACGCAAAUCAGCCAUCUGUUCAAAUCACUGAAUUAACCGACGAUAAUGUAAAAUUUGUUCUAGAAGACACUGAAUUAAGUGUUGCUAAUAGUUUGCGGCGUGUAUUUAUUGCGGAAACCCCGACACUGGCCAUAGACUGGGUACAGCUUGAAGCUAAUUCCACUGUACUAUCUGAUGAGUUUCUUGCACAUCGUAUUGGCCUUAUUCCUUUAAUAUCUGAUGAAGUGGUAGAACGGCUUCAAUACACUAGAGAUUGUAUUUGUUUGGACUUUUGUCCCGAGUGUAGUGUGGAAUUCACCCUUGACGUUAAAUGCACAGAAGAGCAGACUCGUCAUGUUACAACUGCUGACUUGAAAUCUAGUAACCCAAAAGUAUUGCCUGUAACAUCACGGCAUUUGAAUGAAGAAGAUAAUGAAUAUGGUGAAAGUACGGAUGAAAUUUUAAUAAUAAAACUACGUCGAGGACAGGAAUUGAAGUUGAGAGCUUAUGCAAAAAAAGGCUUUGGGAAAGAGCAUGCCAAAUGGAAUCCAACGGCAGGUGUUUGCUUCGAAUAUGAUCCUGACAACGCUAUGCGGCAUACAUUAUACCCAAAACCCGAUGAAUGGCCAAAAAGUGAGCAUACCGAAUUGGAAGAUGAUCAGUAUGAAGCACCUUAUAAUUGGGAAGCGAAACCGAAUAAAUUCUUUUAUAAUGUGGAGUCAGCUGGAGCUCUUAAGCCCGAAAAUAUAGUAAUAAUGGGAGUGCAGGUUUUAAAGAAUAAAUUGUCAAACCUUCAAACGCAGUUGAGCCACGAAACGCAAAAUGAUGCACUUGCCGUGUAAAAUGGAAUUGUAAAUAUUAGACAAAUAAAUACAUACAUGUACCGAUUGAGGAAAACGUAAAUUUA